AUUAUAGAUAACGCAGUGAUUCAUAGGGUUAAUCAUUAUAUAGUCGAAAACGUAACAUAAAGAGGUUUAAAUUCACCAUACGACAGACGACAAUAAAUUGAUAAAGUUUAAAUAUGGCGCAGCAAGUCGACAACGGUACGUCUAAACCCUUUGACAUGGCAUAUCGAGGUCAUUUCGCAACACUUAAAGCCCUUAUAAAUCAAAAUAGCUUGCUAAUAACACAAACAGAUGAGAACUGCAGAAUGCUGCUUCAUUGGGCUGCUUUAGGUGGUCACGACGAAUUGGUUGAUUAUUUGUUACUCGCUGAUGCUCCUGUAGAUGCUGUGGAUGACAUGGGAAUGACGCCUUUAAUAUUAGCGGCUUCUGCGGGUCGUCAUAACGUCGUCAAUACUUUAUUAAAAAACGGCGCCAAUAUAAAUGCAAAGACUUGGGAAGGGCACUCUGCAUUGCAAUAUGCAGCAUCAAAGAACUGGAAACUUAUUUGCACGAAUUUGCUUGCUAAGGGAGCAGAUGUUAAUAUUGCUGACAUAAGAGGCGCUACACCUCUUCAUAGAGCAGUGUCAAAGGGCAACAUUAAUAUUGUAAAGCUGCUUUUAACUGUUGAAAACCUAAUUAUUGAUCAGCAAGAUUUCUAUGGGAAUACAGCACUUCAUUUAGCUUGCGAAGAAAAUCGUCUCGAUGAAGCUAAACUCUUAAUAUCAAGUAAUGCUGUUUUAACUAUACGGAACAAGGAAAAGAAAAUCCCUCUAGAUCUAUGUAAUCGUACUUUAUUCAAACAACUACUGCAGGUUCCUCAAUGUAACAAAACAGAAUGCGAAUAAUUUUCAUGUGUCUUUGUACUAAAUAAAUAAAAAAUAUAAGUUAUAAUGCAUAUUAUUAAGAACUGUAUAUAGGAAAUGAAUAUGUCACUUCCAAUAGAUAAUAAAACAUGUAAAAAAAUAUAUUUUUAAUAAUGAUAAGAAUAAUAUACAUUUAAAUAUAGCUGAGCAAUGAUGGGAAUGUUCGUUAUGUGAAAAAUUAAACACAAUACCUUUGUAAACUAAAUGUUUCUGUACUUUAUUAUUAUAUCUCCUCUUGUAUAUGUAAGGUCCAAUCAACUGUAUAAUCUGGGCGCGCGUGCAAUCGCGUAUGUGUUCGAUCUAUAUAAAAUGUAUCAAAACUCACUCUUUCUAUAUUUAUUAAUAUUUCGUAUCAUUUGCUUGCCAUAUUUCUGAGUUUUCAUUGAAAGUACCUCACUUCGCUAAUCGCCACCAGAGUACAUAAUAUAUAAAAGAAAAAAAUAAAUCAAAUUUGAGACUUGAUGAUUAAAAUGAUGCUAAAACACUAUUAACAAGUGUGUAUACUGGUGUACAACGAUACAUGCAUCAAGGAAGUGAGCGCACUUGUGAAUUCAUUUUUAUAUACAAAAUUAGUAACGAUAUUCGAGAGGCUUUCGAAUUCAACGAUCCUGCAACGUUACGCAUAAUUUCUGUUAAUCAUUAUAAGGCCCUAGUUACAUUAGAUAAUUGGUUACUGUUAUCAUACUGCGCAAUAUACGUAUGAAUUUUAGUCACUGACAUUAUUAGUUUCAUCAAAAAAUAUAAUAGUCUUUUGAGUUAGUCUAUUCGUUCGUAUUUCUGUUCCUUUUAAAAUAUGAUGUAUACAUAUUGUAAAUGCCUUUAAAUACACAAAAUUUCGUAAAAUGCUUUUGUAAAAUCAAACGUGCGAGAUUUUACUUUAUCGAGAACUUUCUUAUCAAUAGUUAAUUCUUUUUUUCCAUUUACGCACUUAUUGUUACUCGCUCGUGUAACUGCAUAUGCAGCUCUCUGUUCACAAUAAUAAAUUUUAGUAAAGAUACGUUCGUUAAAAUAUAUCAUUUAAUUUGUUGGUACUUUUUGCUUUACUUAUUGUUCCCGUAAAAAAAAAGGAAAAAAUACAUAAUACAUUUGAAUGGUAAGUCAUGUGGGCGACCAAACUGAAAGCUUAAGUACUACACCGGAAUAAAGGCGUUAAGUAAGUAUUAGUCACUCAAUUUAUGUUAAGGCAUAUUCAUUUUACACAAGCGAAAAGGAACAUAAAUUAUGAUUUUUUUUCAGUUUUCAAAAUACCAUCAAGCGAGUAAAGUUAAAAGCACCGAAAGGCCAAAAUAUCACAUUGCGAACCCUUUAAAAUGAAAGCAAUCUCAUUAAUGCAGCUUACCUACAUUAUCCUCUGCUUUCUUCAAUGUGUUUUAGUUUUUUCAGUAUAUUAGUAUAAUAGUUGAAAUAACUUCAUCAUUUUCGUAAUAUAAUAUGUAUACGAAUAACGCUGAUCGUAAUGGUAAUUGUAAAAUAACAUAAUCAUAAU